AUAUGACAUUAAUGACAUGACGUGUCGGUGUCAUCUGCUAGCCGGUAUUGUUUCUAGAUAAAAUAGAUAAUCUGUGCUUUGGUUUUUUAGAAAGAUUUCUUGUGUAGGGAAAAUAACUGCUCUUUGUUCUAUUUUUUAGUUUUAUUUUUUGGCUUGUACCAUGAGUAACAAAAAUACCUCCCAGUAUAUUUUGCCCAACAACCAGCCUGUGGUCUCUUUGGAAGUCAAGUCUGCAUUCGAUGGCCUAACUACAAAGGAAAAAUUAUAUGCACAUCAUCUUAGCAAAGCUUCAUGGCAUGGGGGCCUAAUAACACUCCUCCAAACCAGCCCCGAAUCGGGACCAGUAUUGGUGCUUUUACAUAAACUCUUUUCUUCCCAGUCACCAACAGACUUCAAAGCUAAAGCAAUAAGUUCUGGAUUCACUGAAGACGAAGUGACAGCUGUUUUUGUGUACACUUGUGGAGUUUUUACUAACUCUGGAAAUUAUAAGGGUUUUGGAGAUACAAAAUUCAUUCCGAACCUCGAGAAAGACCGCUUUGGGGCCUUAUUAAAACUCAGUCCAAUUUGGCCUGAAUUAGAACCAAUCUGGCUUCAGUUCAAAGAUAGAUUAUAUGACCUAGAAAAUGGAAAAUGUUGUUUGGGAUACAGCCCCAGUGGCAUUACUACGUACUUGUCACAUAAUUGUACUCCAGAAGAUAAUGAAAAGGUUCAGAACUGGCUCAAGACCCAGGAUAUGGAAUGCUAUAAUACAAGACUGUUCAAAACUGUAGUAGGUGACAAGAUUACCUAUGAUAUUAGACUGGCGUCUGAAGACAAGAAAGUAUUAAAGACGCACACUGAUGGCAAUGUAACAUAUCAGAUAUCAUGUGGAGAUUAUUCUCCUUUAAUAGGACAAGCUGCCAAAGACCUUAGUAAAGCUAUAGAAUACGCUGCUAAUCAGAAUCAAGUUGAUAUGCUUAAAGCUUACAUUUCAUCAUUUCAAACUGGGUCCCUAGAUGAUCACAAGUUGGGUUCUAGGUAUUGGAUUAAAGAUAAAGGACCUGCUGUAGAAAGUUAUAUUGGAUUUAUAGAAACUUACAGGGAUCCCGCUGGUGUAAGAGGAGAAUUCGAAGGAUUUGUGGCAGCUGUAAAUAGAGCAAUGUCAGCCAAGUUUGCAACGUUGGUUAGUAAUGCUGAACAAUUCUUGACACUUCUUCCUUGGAAUAAGGGAUUCGAAAAGGACAAAUUUUUGAAACCUGAUUUCACAUCAUUGGAUGUUCUCACUUUCGCUGGCAGUGGAAUACCAGCCGGUAUAAAUAUACCAAAUUAUGAUGAAAUCCGUCAAGAGGAAGGAUUUAAAAAUGUUUCCUUGGGAAAUGUAAUUCCGGCUAGUUAUCAAGCAUCCGUAACACCAUUUUUAACCCAACAAGACGCAGACCUCCUACAAAAAUGGCGAGUCCCUGCUUUUGAACUUCAGGUAGGACUUCACGAACUUCUAGGACACGGAUCCGGUAAAUUAUUAAGAAAAGAAAAAGACGGUACUUUCAACUUCCCCUCCAAUCUUCUAGACCCUCUUACCGGUAAACCUCCGGCAUCAUGCUACGAACCAGGUGACACCUAUGAUAGUAAAUUCGGUCCGUUAAGUUCGACUUAUGAAGAAUGCAGGGCAGAAGCCGUAGGACUCUAUUUAAGUCUCGAUCCGGAUGUACUAAGAAUAUUUGGACACGAAGGUCAGCAAGCGGAAGAAAUUACUUACGUCAAUUGGCUUUCCCUUGUGUGGGCCGGAGCUGGAAGGGGAUUGGAAAUGUGGGAGCCUAGUAAAGGAUGGUUGCAAGCACAUUCACAGGCACGUUUCGUACUAUCCCGAGUAUUGAUUCAAGCUGGAGUAGUGUCAGUCACACAACCUUCAGAAAAUGACCUCUUGGUAACUUUGGACCGAUCAGCAAUUCAGGGAGCUGGUAGGGUAGCCAUAGGUCAGUUCCUGUUGCAAUUACAAAUUUACAAAGCAACUGGAAAUUUGGAAAAAGCCCAGGAACUGUACAAUCACUACGCCGAAGUGACAGAACCAUGGUUGAGUUGGAGGUCAAUUGUACUAGCCAAUAAACAACCAAGAAAAAUGUUUGUCCAAGCCAAUACAUCUACAGCAGAAAAUGGCGUUAGCCUGAAAUCAUACGAACCAUCGCUAGAAGGUUUGGUCCAAUCUUGGGUUGAAAGGUUUUCAACGCCACAACCGUUGUAUGAUGCCUUGUUAGAACUAUCGAAAGCUGAUGCUGCUCAUUUUUAAAAAAUGCCGUAAAUUAUUAACAGGUUAUUAUAACCGUUUUGUAUUACAACUGUAUUAUAUUUAUAUAAAUGGAUAAUUUAUUUGCUUCUUCACUUUUAAGGAGCUAUCCUAGUGUAAAAGUACGAAAUUCAUAUACGUUUUUGGAAAUUUCUAAAAUAAAAAGAACUGUACCAGUUGUUUUGAAAAUUUGUAUGAGCAGUUACUAUAAAAAGAAGUACACGUAAACAAAAUGUCAUAAAAAAAUGUUGAAAAUUAAACGAAUUAUGUGCCAUCUGCUGGCACCGCGAAAAAAAACAUAGCUCCACUGUUGCAGUGAUUGGUACUAAUAGAGAUCAUGAAACAUAAAAUUUCAAUUAGGAAUUUUUUUGAUUGGAUAAAAAAUGUCAAUUUGGCAGCUUUUGAAACUGAGAAUGUUUUAGCUUAUUUUAAAUUUUUUUCAACACUUCAUUUUUCCAAAUUUUAAUAUUUUUCAAAAAUCCUAGUUGAUGGUAUAAGAAAAAACUUAUAUUUCAAUAAUCACUUUGACAUUUUAUGUUUAUGGAUCUCUGUUAGUCCCAACCACUGCAGCAGUGGAGCUAUGUUUUCUUUUUCGCAGUGUUAGAAGAUGGCGCAUAAAUCGUUUAAUUUUCAAUAUCUUUUUAUGAAAAUUGUUCUAAAGGUACUUCUUUUUAUAAUAAAUCCUAAUUUACAUUUUCAAAUCAAUUGGUACAGUACUUUUUAUUUUAGAAAUUCCCAAAAAAUUAUAUGAAUUUCGUACUUUUACACUAGGAUAGCCCCUUAAUCGAUAAUUUAGCUGGUACUAAUGAAAAGAAAGACAUCAGUUAGUUGUAAGUCAUAAUUUUUAUACCAGUGAUAUUUUGUUUAUCCUUCAAACUACUUACCAUUGAAAGAAGUAUUUUUUAUUAAUAAUUAUAACCUUGUUAUAGUUAUGUAAAUUAUGAUAACCUGUUAAUAAAGUAAUCGUCACAUUGGUUUCUGUUUAAUGUCUCAAAAAUAAAAAUAUAUCAUAUUUUUGAAGUAAAUUUAUUGGUUUAUAUAGUUUUGUAUAUUAUUAAAAGCUUCAUAUUUUUCAGAUUUCUAUGUAUAAAUAUUAUUAAAGAAUGUUUUACACA